AUGGUCGUGGACGUGGACGUGGUCGUGGACGUGGACGUGGUCGUGGACGUGGUCGUGGACGUGGACGUGAUCGUGGACGUGGACGUGGACGUGGACGUGGUCGUGGUCGUGGUCGUGGACGUGGACGUGGUCGUGGACGUGGACGUGGACGUGGUCGUGGACGUGGUCGUGGACGUGGACGUGGUCGUGGACGUGGUCGUGGUCGUGCACGUGGUCGUGGACGUGGUCGUGGACGUGCACGUGGUCGUCGACGUGGUCGUCGACGUGGACGUGGUCGUGGUCGUGGACGUGGACGUGGUCGUGGUCGUGCACGUGGUCGUCGACGUGAUCGUGGUCGUGGUCGUGGACGUGGACGUGGUCGUGGACGUGGACGUGGACGUGGUCGUGGUCGUCGACGUGGAAGUGGACGUGGUCGUGGUUGUGGUCGUGGACGUGGACGUGGACGUGGACGUGGACGUGGUCGUCGACGUGGAAGUGGACGUGGACGUGGUCGUGGACGUAGACGUGGACGUGGACGUGGACGUGGUCGUGGACUUGGACGUGGACGUGGACGUGGACGUGGUCGUGGACGUGGUCGUGGACGUGGACGUGGACUUGGACGUGGACGUGGACGUGGUCGUGGACGUCGACGUGGUCGUGGACGUGGACGUGGACGUGGACGUGGACGUCGACGUGGACGUGGACGUGGUCGUGGACGUCGACGUGGUCGUGGACGUGGACGUGGUCGUGGACGUGGUCGUGGACGUGGACGUGGUCAAGGACGUGGACGUGGACGUGGUCGUGGACGUGGUCGUGGUCGUGGUCGUGGACGUGGUCGUCGACGUGGACGUGGAUGUGGACGUGGUCGUGGUCGUGGACGUGGACGUGGUCGUGGACGUGGACGUGGACGUGGUCGUGGACGUGGACGUGGACGUGGACGUGGUCGUGGACGUGGACGUGGACGUGGUCGUGGACGUGGACGUGGUCGUGGACGUGGACGUGGACUUGGACGUGGUCGUGGACGUGGACGUGGACGUGGACGUGGACGUGGUCCUGGACGUGGACGUGGUCGUGGACGUGGACGUGGACGUGGUCCUGGACGUGGACGUGGACGUGGUCGUGGACGUGGACGUGGUCGUGGACGUGGACGUGGACGUGGACGUGGACGUGGUCGUGGACGUGCACGUGGUCGUCGACAUGGUCGUCGACGUGGACGUGGUCGUGGUCGUGGACGUGGACGUGGACGUGGACGUGGUCGUGGUCGUGCACGUGGUCGUGGACGUGGUCGUGGUCGUGGCCGUGGACGUGGACGUUGUCAUGGGACGUGGUCGUGGACGUGGACUUGGACGUGGUCGUGGACGUGGUCGUGGACGUGGACGUGGUCGUGGACGUGGACGUGGUCGUGGUCGUGGACGUGGACGUGGUCGUGGUCGUGGUCGUGGACGUGGACGUGUACGUGGACGUGGACGUGGUCGUGGACGUGGACGUGGUCGUGGUCGUGGUCGUGGUCGUGGACGUGGACGUGUACGUGGACGUGGACGUGGACGUGGUCGUGGACGUGGUCGUGGUCUUGGACACGUGGUCGUGGACGUGGUCGUGGUCGUGGUCGUGGACGUGGACGUGGUCGUGGACGUGGACGUGGACGUGGACGUGGUCGUGGACAUGGACGUGGUCGUGGACGUGGUCGUGGACGUGGACGUGGUCGUGGACGUGGACGUGGACGUGGACGUGGUCGUGGUCGUGGACGUGGACGUGGUCGUGGACGUGGACGUGGACGUGGACGUGGACGUGGACGUGGUCGUGGUCGUGGACGUGGACGUGGUCGAGGACGUGGACGUGGACGUGGUCGUGGACGUGGUCGUGGUCGUGGUCGUCGACGUGGACGUGGUCGUGGACGUGGACGUGGACGUGGACGUGGACGUGGUCGUGGUCGUGGACGUGGACGUGGACGUGGUCGUGGACGUGGACGUGGUCGUGGACGUGGACGUGGUCGUGGACGUGGUCGUGGACGUGGACGUGGACGUGGUCGUGGUCGUGGACGUGGACGUGGACGUGGUCGUGGACGUGGACGUGGUCGUGGUCGUGGACGUGGUCGUGCACGUGGUCGUGGUCGUGGACGUGGACGUGGACGUGGUCGUGGACGUGGACGUGGUCGUGGACGUGGACGUGGUCGUGGACGUGGACGUGGACGUGGUCGUGGACGUGGACGUGGACGUGGUCGUGGACGUGGACGUGGUCGUGGACGUGGUCGUGGUCGUGGACGUGGACGUGGACGUGGUCGUGGACGUGGUCGUGGACGUGGACGUGGACGUGGUCGUGGACGUGGACGUGGUCGAGGACGUGGACGUGGACGUGGUCGUGGACGUGGUCGUGGUCGUGGUCGUGGACGUUGUCGUCGACGUGGACGUGGACGUGGACGUGGACGUGGUCGUGGUCGUGGACGUGGACGUGGACGUGGACGUGGUCGUGGACGUGGACGUGGACGUGGUCGUGGACGUGGACUUGGUCGUGGUCUUGGACGUGGACGUGGUCGUGGUCGUGGACGUGGACGUGUUCGUGGACGUGGUCGUGGUCGUGGACGUGGUCUUGGACGUGGUCGUGGACGUUGUCGUCGACGUGGACGUGGUCGUGGUCGUGGACGUGGACGUGGACGUGGUCGUGGACGUGGACGUGGACGUGGUCGUGGACGUGGACGUGGACGUGGUCGUGGACGUGGUCGUGGUCGUGGCCGUGGACGUGGACGUGGUCAUGGGACGUGGUCGUGGACGUGGACUUGGACGUGGUCGUGGACGUGGUCGUGGACCUGGACGUGGACGUGGUCGUGGUCGUGGUCGUGGUCGUGGACGUGGACGUGUACGUGGACGUGGACGUGGUCGUGGACGUGGUCGUGGUCUUGGACGUGGACGUGGUCGUGGUCGUGGUCGUGGACGUGGACGUGUUCGUGGACGUGGUCGUGGUCGUGGACGUGGUCUUGGACGUGGUCGUGGACGUGGUCGUCGACGUGGACGUGGUCGUGGUCGUGGACGUGGACGUGGACGUGGACGUGGUCGUGGACGUGGACGUGGACGUGGUCGUGGCCGUGGACGUGGACGUGGUCGUGGACGUGGACUUGGACGUGGUCGUGGACCUGGACGUGGUCGUGGACGUGGACGUGGUCGUGGUCGUGGACGUGGACGUGGUCGUGGUCGUGGUCGUGGACGUGGACGUGACGUGGACGUGGACGUGGACGUGGACGUGGACGUGGUCGUGGACGUGGACGUGGUCGAGGACGUGGACGUGGACGUGGUCGUGGACGUGGUCGUGGUCGUGGUCGUGGACGUGGUCGUGGACGUGGACGUGGACGUGGACGUGGACGUGGUCGUGGACGUGGACGUGGUCGUGGACGUGGACGUGGACAAGGACGUGGUCGUGGACGUGGACGUGGACGUGGACGUGGUCGUGGACGUGGACGUGGUCGUGGUCUUGGACGUGGACGUGGUCGUGGUCGUGGACGUCGACGUGUUCGUGGACGUGGUCGUGGUCGUGGACGUGGACUUGGACGUGGACGUGGACGUGGUCCUGGACGUGGACGUGGUCGUGGACGUGGACGUGGACGUGGACUUGGACGUGGACGUGGACGUGGUCGUGGACGUGGACGUGGUCGUGGACGUGGACGUGGACAUGGACGUGGACGUGGUCGUGGACGUGCACGUGGUCGUCGACGUGGUCGUCGACGUGGACGUGGUCGUGGUCGUGGACGUGGACGUGGACGUGGUCGUGGUCGUGCACGUGGUCGUCAACGUGAUCGUGGUCGUGGACGUGGUCGUGGACGUGGUCGUGGUCUUGGACGUGGACGUGGUCGUGGUCGUGGACGUGGUCGUGUUCGUGGACGUGGUCGUGGUCGUGGACGUGGUCUUGGACGUGGUCGUGGACGUGGUCGUCGACGUGGACGUGGUCGUGGUCGUGGACGUGGACGUGGACGUGGACGUGGUCGUGGACGUGGACGUGGACGUGGUCGUGGCCGUGGACGUGGACGUGGUCGUGGACGUGGACUUGGACGUGGUCGUGGACCUGGACGUGGUCGUGGACGUGGACGUGGUCGUGGUCGUGGACGUGGACGUGGUCGUGGUCGUGGUCGUGGACGUGGACGUGUACGUGGACGUGGACGUGGUCGUGGACGUGGUCAUGGUCUUGGACGUGGACGUGGUCGUGGUCGUGGACGUGGACGUGUUCGUGGACGUGGUCGUGGUCGUGGACGUGGUCUUGGACGUGGUCGUGGACGUGGUCGUCGACGUGGACGUGGUCGUGGUCGUGGACGUGGACGUGGUCGUGGACAUGGACGUGGUCGUGGACGUGGACGUGGUCGAGGACGUGGACGUGGACGUGGACGUGGACGUGGUCGUGGACGUGGACGUGGUCGAGGACGUGGACGUGGACGUGGUCGUGGACGUGGUCGUGGUCGUGGUCGUGGACGUGGUCGUGGACGUGGACGUGGACGUGGACGUGGACGUGGUCGUGGACGUGGACGUGGUCGUGGACGUGGACGUGGACAAGGACGUGGUCGUGGACGUGGACGUGGACGUGGACGUGGUCGUGGACGUGGACGUGGUCGUGGUCUUGGACGUGGACGUGGUCGUGGUCGUGGACGUCGACGUGUUCGUGGACGUGGUCGUGGUCGUGGACGUGGACUUGGACGUGGACGUGGACGUGGUCCUGGACGUGGACGUGGUCGUGGACGUGGACGUGGACGUGGACUUGGACGUGGACGUGGACGUGGUCGUGGACGUGGACGUGGUCGUGGACGUGGACGUGGACAUGGACGUGGACGUGGUCGUGGACGUGCACGUGGUCGUCGACGUGGUCGUCGACGUGGACGUGGUCGUGGUCGUGGACGUGGACGUGGACGUGGUCGUGGUCGUGCACGUGGUCGUCAACGUGAUCGUGGUCGUGGACGUGGACGUGGUCGUGGACGUGGACGUGGACGUGGUCGUGGUCGUCGACGUGGAAGUGGACGUGGUCGUGGUCGUGGUCGUGGACGUGGACGUGGACGUGGACGUGGACGUGGUCGUGGACGUGGACGUGGACGUGGACGUGGUCGUGGACGUGGAAGUGGACGUGGACGUGCACGUGUUCGUGGACGUGGACGUGGACGUGGUCGUGGACUUGGACAUGGACGUGGACGUGGUCGUGGACGUGGUCGUGGACGUGGACUUGGACGUGGACGUGGACGUGGUCGUGGACGUCGACGUGGUCGUGGACGUGGACGUGGACGUGGACGUGGUCGUGGACGUGGACGUCGACGUGGACGUGGACGUGGACGUGGUCGUGGACGUGGUCGUGGACGUGGACGUGGACGUGGACGUGGUCGUGGACGUGGACGUGGACGUGGUCGUGGUCUUCGACGUGGACGUGGACGUGGUCGUGGACGUGGACGUGGACGUGGUCGUGGUCUUGGAAGUGGUCGUGGACGUGGUCGUGCACGUGGUCGUGGUCGUGGACGUGGACGUGGACGUGGUCGUGGACGUGGACGUGGUCGUGGACGUGGACGUGGUCGUGGACGUGGUCGUGGACGUGGACGUGGUCGUGGACGUGGACAUGGACGUGGUCGUGGACGUGGACGUGGUCGUGGUCGUGGUCGUGGACGUGGUCGUGGUCGUGGUCGUGGUCGUGGUCGUGGUCGUGGACGUGGUCGUGGUCGUGGACGUGGUCGUGGACGUGGACGUGGACGUGGUCGUGGACGUGGACGUGGACGUGGACGUGGACGUGGUCGUGGACGUGCACGUGGUCGUCGACGUGGUCGUGGACGUGGUCGUCGACGUGGACGUGGACGUGGACGUGGACGUCGACGUCGACGUGGACGUGGACGUGGUCGUGGACGUGGUCGUUGACGUGGUCGUGGUCGUGGACGUGGACGUGGACGUGGUCAUGGACGUGGUCGUUGACGUGGUCGUGGACGUGGUCGUGGACGUGGUCGUCGACGUGGACGUGGACGUGGACGUGGUCGUGGACGUGCACGUGGUCGUCGACGUGGUCGUGGACGUGGUCGUCGACGUGGACGUGGUCGUGGACGUGGACGUGGUCGUGGACGUGGAGGUGGUCGUGGUCGUGGACGUGGACGUGGUCGUGGACGUGUUUGUGGACGUGGUCGUGGACGUGGACGUGGACGUGGUCGUGGACGUGGUCGUGGACGUGGACGUGGACGUGGUCGUGGUCGUGGACGUGGUCGUGGUCGUGGACGUGGUCGUUGACGUGGACGUGGUCGUGGACGUGCACGUGGUCGUCGACGUGGUCGUGGACGUGGUCGUCGACGUGGACGUGGACGUGGACGUGGACGUCGACGUCGACGUGGACGUGGACGUGGUCGUGGACGUGGUCGUUGACGUGGUCGUGGUCGUGGACGUGGACGUGGACGUGGUCAUGGACGUGGUCGUUGACGUGGUCGUGGACGUGGUCGUGGACGUGGUCGUCGACGUGGACGUGGACGUGGACGUGGUCGUGGACGUGCACGUGGUCGUCGACGUGGUCGUGGACGUGGUCGUGGACGUGGACGUGGUCGUGGACGUGGACGUGGUCGUGGUCGUGGACGUGGACGUGGUCGUGGACGUGGACGUGUUUGUGGACGUGGUCGUGGACGUGGACGUGGACGUGGUCGUGGACGUGGUCGUGGUCGUGGACGUGGACGUGGACGUGGUCGUGGACGUGGACGUGGUCGUGGACGUGGACGUGGUCGUGGACGUGGACGUGGACGUGGUCGUGGACGUGGACGUGGACGUGGUCGUGGACGUGGACGUGGACGUGGUCGUGGACGUGGACGUGGUCGUGGACGUGGUCGUGGUCGUGGACGUGGACGUGGACGUGGUCGUGGACGUGGUCGUGGACGUGGACGUGGACGUGGUCGUGGACGUGGACGUGGUCGAGGACGUGGACGUGGACGUGGUCGUGGACGUGGUCGUGGUCGUGGUCGUGGACGUUGUCGUCGACGUGGACGUGGACGUGGACGUGGACGUGGUCGUGGACGUGGACGUGGACGUGGACGUGGACGUGGUCGUGGACGUGCACGUGGUCGUCGACGUGGUCGUGGACGUGGUCGUCGACGUGGACGUGGACGUGGACGUGGACGUCGACGUCGACGUGGACGUGGACGUGGUCGUGGACGUGGUCGUUGACGUGGUCGUGGUCGUGGACGUGGACGUGGACGUGGUCAUGGACGUGGUCGUUGACGUGGUCGUGGACGUGGUCGUGGACGUGGUCGUCGACGUGGACGUGGACGUGGACGUGGUCGUGGACGUGCACGUGGUCGUCGACGUGGUCGUGGACGUGGUCGUGGACGUGGACGUGGUCGUGGACGUGGACGUGGUCGUGGUCGUGGACGUGGACGUGGUCGUGGACGUGGACGUGUUUGUGGACGUGGUCGUGGACGUGGACGUGGACGUGGUCGUGGACGUGGUCGUGGACGUGGACGUGGACGUGGUCGUGGUCGUGGACGUGGUCGUGGUCGUGGACGUGGACGUGGUCGUGGUCGUGGACGUGGACGGGGACGUGGUCGUGGUCGUGGACGUGGACGUGGACGUGGUCGUGGACGUGGACGUGGACGUGGUCGUGGACGUGGUCGUGCACGUGGUCGUGGACGUGGUCGUAGACGUGGAUGUGGUCGUUGACGUGAACGUGGACGUGGACGUGGACGUGGUCGUGGUCGUGGACGUGGACGUGGACGUGGACGUGGACGUGGUCGUGGACGUGCACGUGGUCGUCGACGUGGUCGUGGACGUGGUCGUCGACGUGGACGUGGACGUGGACGUCGACGUCGACGUCGACGUGGACGUGGACGUGGUCGUGGACGUGGUCGUUGACGUGGUCGUGGUCGUGGACGUGGACGUGGACGUGGACGUGGACGUGGUCAUGGACGUGGUCGUUGACGUGGUCGUGGACGUGGUCGUGGACGUGGUCGUGGACGUGGACGUGGACGUGGUCGUGGACGUGGUCGUGGACGUGGACGUGGACGUGGACGUGGUCGUGGACGUGGACGUGGUCGUCGACGUGGUCGUGGACGUGGUCGUCGACGUGGACGUGGUCGUGGACGUGGACGUGGUCGUGGACGUGGAGGUGGUCGUGGUCGUGGACGUGGACGUGGUCGUGGACGUGGACGUGUUUGUGGACGUGGUCGUGGACGUGGACGUGGUCGUGGUCGUGGACGUGGUCGUGGUCGUGGACGUGGUCGUGGUCGUGGACGUGGACGGGGACGUGGUCGUGGUCGUGGACGUGGACGUGGACGUGGUCGUGGACGUGGACGUGGACGUGGUCGUGGUCGUGGACGUGGUCGUGGACGUGGUCGUGGACGUGGUCGUGGACGUGGUCGUAGACGUGGACGUGGUCGUUGACGUGAACGUGGACGUGGACGUGGUCGUGGUCGUGGUCGUGGACGUGGACGUGGACGUUGACGUGGUCGUGGUCGUGGUUGUGGUCGUGGACGUGGACGUCGACGUGGACGUGGACGUGGUCGUGGACGUGGUCGUGGUCGUGGACGUGGACGUGGUCGUGGACGUGGAGGUGGUCGUGGUCGUGGACGUGGACGUGGUCGUGGACGUGGACGUGUUCGUGGACGUGGUCGUGGACGUGGACGUGGACGUGGUCGUGGACGUGGACGUGGUCGUGGACGUGGACGUGGACGUGGUCGUGGACGUUGACGUGGUCGAGGUCGUGGUCGUGGACGUGGACGUGGACGUGGACGUGGUCGUGGUCGUUGUUGUGGUCGUGGUCGUGGACGUGGACGUCGACGUGGACGUGGACGUGGUCGUGGACGUGGUCGUGGACGUGGACGUGGUCGUGGACGUGCUCGUGGACGUGGACGUGGUCGUGGACGUGGACGUGGACGUGGUCGUGGACGUGGUCGUGGACGUGGACGUGGACUUGGACGUGGACGUCGACGUGGUCGUGGACGUGGUCGUGGACGUGGACGUAGUCGUGGACCUGGACGUGGUCGUCGACGUGGACGUGGACGUGGACGUGGUCGUGGACGUCGAUGUGGUCGUGGACGUGGACGUGGACGUGGACGUGGACGUGGUCGUGGACGUGGUCGUCGACGUGGACGUGGACGUGGACGUGGUCGUGGACGUGGACGUGGACGUCGACGUGGUCGUGGACGUGGACGUGGACGUGGUCGUGGACGUGGACGUGGACGUGGUCGUGGACGUGGACGUGGUCGUGGACGUGGUCGUGGUCGUGGACGUGGACGUGGACGUGGUCGUGGACGUGGACGUGGUCGUGGACGUGGACGUGGACGUGGUCGUGGUCGUGGACGUGGCCGUGGACGUGGUCGUGCACGUGGUCGUGGACGUGGACGUGGUCGUGGUCGUGGACGUGGACGUGGACGUGGACGUGGAGGUGGUCGUGGACGUGGUCGUGGUCGUGGUUGUGGACGUGGACGUGGUCGUGGACGUGGUCGUGGACGUGGACGUGGACGUGGUCGUGGACGUGGACGUGGACGUGGACGUGGACGUAGUCGUGGUCGUGGACGUGGACGUGGUCGAGGACGUGGACGUGGACGUGGUCGUGGACGUGGUCGUGGUCGUCGACGUGGACGUGGUCGUGGACGUGGUCGUGGUCGUGGUCGUCGACGUGGUCGUCGACGUGGACGUGGACGUGGACGUGGUCGUGGUCGUGGACGUGGACGUGGUCGUGGACGUGGACGUGGACGUGGUCGUGGACGUGGACGUGGACGUGGUCGUGGACGUGGACGUGGACGUGGACGUGGUCGUGGACGUGGACGUGGACGUGGACGUGGUCGUGGACGUGGACGUGGACGUGGACGUGGACGUGGACAUGGACGUGGUCGUGGACGUGGUCGUGGACGUGGACGUGGACUUGGACGUGGUCGUGGACGUGGACGUGGACGUGGACUUGGACGUGGACGUGGUCCUGGACGUGGACGUGGUCGUGGACGUGGACGUGGACGUGGACUUGGACGUGGACGUGGACUUGGACGUGGACGUGGUCGUGGACGUGGACGUGGUCGUGGACGUGGACAUGGACGUAGACGUGGUCGUGGACGUGCACGUGGUCGUCGACGUGGUCGUCGACGUGGACGUGGUCGUGGUCGUGGACGUGGACGUGGACGUGGUCGUGGUCGUGCACGUGGUCGUCAACGUGAUCGUGGUCGUGGUCGUGGACGUGGUCGUGGACGUGGACGUGGACGUGGUCGUGGUCGUCGACGUGGAAGUGGAAGUGGACGUGGUCGUGGACGUGGACGUGGACGUGGACGUGGACGUGGUCGUGGACGUGGACGUGGACGUGGACGUGGACGUGGUCGUCGACGUGGACGUGGACGUGGACUUGGACGUGGACGUGGACGUGGACGUGGUCGUGGACGUGGUCGUGGACGUGGUCGUGGUCGUGGACGUGGAAGUGGACGUGGUCGUGGUCGUGGACGUGGUCAUCGACGUGGUCGUGGACGUGCUCGUCGACGUGGACGUGGUCGUGGACGUGGACGUGGUCGUGGACGUGGAGGUGGUCGUGGUCGUGGACGUGGUCGUGGUCGUGGACGUGGACGUGGACGUGGUCGUGGACGUGGACGUGGUCGUGAACGUGGACGUGGACGUGGACGUGGUCGUGGACGUGGUCGUGGACGUGGACGUGGUCGUGGACGUGGACGUGGUCGUGGACGUGGUCGUGGACGUGGACGUGGACUUGGACGUGGACGUCGACGUGGUCGUGGACGUGGUCGUGGACGUGGACGUGGACGUGGUCGUGGACCUGGACGUGGUCGUCGACGUGGACUUGGACGUGGACGUGGACGUGGUCGUGGACGUCGAUGUGGUCGUGGACGUGAACUUGGACGUGGUCGUGGACGUGGUCGUGGUCGUGGUUGUGGACGUGGACGUGGUCGUCGACGUGGUCGUGGACGACGUGGACGUGGACGUGGUCGUGGACGUGGUCGUGGUCGUGGUCGUGGUCGUCGACGUGGACGUGGUCGUGGACGUGGACGUGGUCGUGGACGUGGAGGUGGUCGUGGUCGUGGACGUGGACGUGGUCGUGGUCGUGGACGUGGUCGUGGACCUGGUCGUGGUCGUGGACGUGGACGUGGUCGUGGACGUGGACGUGGUCGUGGACGUGGACGUGGACGUGGUCAUGGUCGUGGACGUGGACGUGGACGUGGUCGUGGUCGUGGACGUGGAUGUGGUCGUGGUCGUGAACGUGGACGUGGACGUGGUCGUGGUCGUGGACGUGGACGUGGACGUGGACGUGGUCGUGGACGUGGACGUUGACGUGGUCGAGGUCGUGGUCGUGGACGUGGACGUGGACGUGGACGUGGACGUGGUCGUGAUCGUGGUCGUGGUCGUGGACAUGGUCGUCGACGUGGACGUGGACGUGGUCGUGGACGUGGUCGUGGUCGUGGACGUGGACGUGGACGUGGACGUGGUCGUGGACGUGGUCGUGGACGUGGACGUGGUCGUGGACGUGGACGUGGUCGUGGACGUGGUCGUGGACGUGGACGUGGACUUGGACGUGGACGUCGACGUGGUCGUGGACGUAGUCGUGGACGUGGACGUGGACGUGGUCGUGGUCGUGGACGUGGCCGUGGACGUGGUCGUGCACGUGGUCGUGGACGUGGUCGUGGACGUGGACGUGGUCGUGGUCGUGCACGUGGACGUGGACGUGGACGUGGACGUGGUCGUGGACGUGGACGUGGACGUGGACGUGGUCGUGGACGUGGUCGUGGUCGUGGACGUGGACGUCGACGUGGACGUGGUCGUGGACGUGGUCGUGGACGUGGACGUGGACUUGGUCGUGGACGUGGCCGUGGACGUGGUCGUGCACGUGGUCGUGGACGUGGUCGUGGACGUGGACGUGGUCGUGGUCGUGCACGUGGACGUGGACGUGGACGUGGUCGUCGACGUGGACGUGGACGUGGUCGUGGACGUGGUCGUGGUCGUGGACGUGGACGUGGACGUGGACGUGGUCGUGGACGUGGUCGUGGACGUGGACGUGGUCGUGGACGUGGUCGUGGACGUGGUCGUGGACGUGGACGUGGACUUGGACGUGGACGUCGACGUGGUCGUGGACGUAGUCGUGGACGUGGACGUGGACGUGGUCGUGGUCGUGGACGUGGCCGUGGACGUGGUCGUGCACGUGGUCGUGGACGUGGUCGUGGACGUGGACGUGGUCGUGGUCGUGCACGUGGACGUGGACGUGGACGUGGACGUGGUCGUGGACGUGGACGUGGACGUGGUCGUGGACGUGGACGUGGUCGUGGACGUGGACGUGGACGUGGUCGUGGACGUGGUCGUGGUCGUGGACGUGGACGUGGACGUGGACGUGGUCGUGGACGUGGACGUGGUCGUGGACGUGGACGUGGUCGUGGACGUGGACGUGGACGUGGACGUGGUCGUGGUCGUGGACGUGGACGUGGACGUGGACGUGGACGUGGACGUGGUCGUGGACGUGGUCGUGGACCUGGUCGUUGACGUGAACGUGGACGUGGACGUGGUCGUGGUCGUGGACGUGGACGUGGACGUGGACGUGGACGUGGUCGUGGACGUUGACGUGGUCGAGGUCGUGGUCGUGGACGUGGACGUGGACGUGGACGUGGACGUGGUCGUGAUCGUGGUCGUGGUCGAGGACGUGGUCGUCGACGUGGACGUGGACGUGGUCGUGGACGUGGUCGUGGUCGUGGACGUGGACGUGGACGUGGACGUGGUCGUGGACGUGGUCGUGGACGUGGACGUGGUCGUGGACGUGGUCGUGGACGUGGUCGUGGACGUGGACGUGGACUUGGACGUGGACGUCGACGUGGUCGUGGACGUGGUCGUCGACGUGGACGUGGUCGUGGACCUGGACGUGAUCGUCGACGUGGACUUGGACGUGGACGUGGACGUGGUCGUGGACGUCGAUGUGGUCGUGGACGUGGACGUGGACGUGGUCGUGGAUGACGUGGACGUGGACGUGGUCGUGGACGUGGUCGUGGUCGUGGUCGUCGACGUGGACGUGGUCGUGGACGUGGACGUGGUCGGGGACGUGGAGGUGGUCGUGGUCGUGGACGUGGACGUGGUCGUGGUCGUGGUCGUGGACGUGGUCGUGGUCGUGGUCGUGGACGUGGACGUGGACGUGGUCGUGGACGUGGACGUAGUCGUGGACGUGGACGUGGACGUGGACGUGGUCGUGGUCGUGGACGUGUACGUGGUCGUGGACGUGGUCGUGGACGUGGUCGUGGACGUGGACGUGGACGUGGUCGUGGACGUGGUCGUGGUCGUGGUCGUGGUCGUCGACGUGGACGUGGUCGUGGACGUGGACGUGGUCGUGGACGUGGAGGUGGUCGUGGUCGUGGACGUGGACAUGGUCGUGGUCGUGGACGUGGUCGUGGACCUGGUCGUGGUCGUGGACGUGGACGUGGUCGUGGACGUGGACGUGGUCGUGGACGUGGACGUGGACGUGGUCGUGGUCGUGGACGUGGACGUGGACGUGGUCGUGGUCGUGGACGUGGACGUGGUCGUGGUCGUGAACGUGGACGUGGACGUGGUCGUGGUCGUGGACGUGGACGUGGACGUGGUCGUGGACGUGGAUGUUGACGUGGUCGAGGUCGUGGUCGUGGACGUGGACGUGGACGUGGACGUGGACGUGGUCGUGAUCGUGGUCGUGGUCGUGGACGUGGUCGUCGACGUGGACGUGGACGUGGUCGUGGACGUGGUCGUGGUCGUGGACGUGGACGUGGACGUGGACGUGGUCGUGGACGUGGUCGUGGACGUGGACGUGGACGUGGACGUGGACGUGGACGUGGACGUCGACGUGGACGUGGACGUGGUCGUGGACGUGGUCGUUGACGUGGUCGUGGUCGUGGACGUGGACGUGGUCGUGGUCGUGGACGUGGACGUGGACGUGGUCAUGGACGUGGUCGUUGACGUGGUCGUGGACGUGGACGUGGACGUGGUCGUGGACGUGCACGUGGUCGUCGACGUGGUCGUGGACGUGGUCGUCGACGUGGACGUGGUCGUGGACGUGGACGUGGUCGUGGACGUGGACGUGGUCGUGGUCGUGGACGUGGACGUGGUCGUGGACGUGGACGUGUUUGUGGACGUGGUCGUGGACGUGGACGUGGACGUGGUCGUGGACGUGGUCGUGGACGUGGACGUGGACGUGGUCGUGGUCGUGGACGUGGUCGUGGUCGUGGACGUGGACGUGGUCGUGGUCGUGGACGUGGACGGGGACGUGGUCGUGGUCGUGGACGUGGACGUGGACGUGGUCGUGGACGUGGACGUGGACGUGGUCGUGGUCGUGGACGUGGUCGUGGACGUGGACGGGGACGUGGUCGUGGUCGUGGACGUGGACGUGGACGUGGUCGUGGACGUGGACGUGGACGUGGUCGUGGUCGUGGACGUGGUCGUGGACGUGGUCGUGGACGUGGUCGUAGACGUGGUCGUAGACGUGGACGUGGUCGUUGACGUGAACGUGGACGUGGACGUGGACGUGGUUGUGGUCGUGGUCGUGGACGUGGACGUGGACGUGGACGUGGUCGUGGUCGUGGACGUGGUCGUGGACGUGGACGUCGACGUGGACGUGGACGUGGUCGUGGACGUGGUCGUGGUCGUGGACGUGGACGUGGUCGUGGACGUGGAGGUGGUCGUGGUCGUGGACGUGGACGUGGUCGUGGACGUGGACGUGUUCGUGGACGUGGUCGUGGACGUGAACGUGGACGUGGUCGUGGACGUGGACGUGGUCGUGGACGUGGACGUGGACGUGGUCGUGGACGUUGACGUGGUCGAGGUCGUGGUCGUGGACGUGGACGUGGACGUGGACGUGGUCGUCGACGUGGACGUGGACGUGGACGUGGACGUGGACGUGGACGUGGACGUGGACGUGCACGUGGUCGUCGUCGUGGACGUGGACGUGGACGUGGACGUCGUCGUGGGCGUGGACGUGGACGUGGACGUGGACGUGGACGUGGUCGUGGACGUGCACGUGGUCGUCGACGUGGUCGUGGACGUGGUCGUCGACGUGGACGUGGACGUGGACGUGGACGUCGACGUCGACGUCGACGUGGACGUGGACGUGGUCGUGGACGUGGUCGUUGACGUGGUCGUGGUCGUGGACGUGGACGUGGUCGUGGACGUGGAGGUGGUCGUGGUCGUGGACGUGGACGUGGUCGUGGACGUGGACGUGUUUGUGGACGUGGUCGUGGACGUGGACGUGGUCGUGGACGUGGUCGUGGACGUGGACGUGGACGUGGUCGUGGUCGUGGACGUGGUCGUGGUCGUGGACGUGGACGUGGUCGUGGUCGUGGACGUGGACGGGGACGUGGUCGUGGUCGUGGACGUGGACGUGGUCGUGGACGUGGACGUGGACGUGGUCGUGGUCGUGGACGUGGUCGUGGACGUGGUCGUGGACGUGGUCGUAGACGUGGACGUGGUCGUUGACGUGAACGUGGACGUGGACGUGGACGUGGUCGUGGUCGUGGUCGUGGACGUGGACGUGGACGUUGACGUGGUCGUGGUCGUGGUCGUCGACGUGGACGUGGUCGUGGACGUGGACGUGGUCAUGGACGUGGUCGUGGUCGUGGUCGUCGACGUCGACGUGGUCGUGGACGUGGACGUGGUCAUGGACGUGGUCGUUGACGUGGUCGUGGACGUGGUCGUGGACGUGGUCGUGGACGUGGACGUGGACGUGGACGUGGUCGUGGACGUGCACGUGGUCGUCGACGUGGUCGUGGACGUGGUCGUCGACGUGGACGUGGUCGUGGACGUGGACGUGGUCGUGGACGUGGAGGUGGUCGUGGUCGUGGACGUGGACGUGGUCGUGGACGUGGACGUGUUUGUGGACGUGGUCGUGGACGUGGACGUGGUCGUGGACGUGGUCGUGGACGUGGACGUGGACGUGGUCGUGGUCGUGGACGUGGUCGUGGUCGUGGACGUGGACGUGGUCGUGGUCGUGGACGUGGACGGGGACGUGGUCGUGGUCGUGGACGUGGACGUGGUCGUGGACGUGGACGUGGACGUGGUCGUGGUCGUGGACGUGGUCGUGGACGUGGUCGUGGACGUGGUCGUAGACGUGGACGUGGUCGUUGACGUGAACGUGGACGUGGACGUGGACGUGGUCGUGGUCGUGGUCGUGGACGUGGACGUGGACGUUGACGUGGUCGUGGUCGUGGUCGUGGUCGUGGACGUGGACGUCGACGUGGACGUGGACGUGGUCGUGGACGUGGUCGUGGUCGUGGACGUGGACGUGGUCGUGGACGUGGAGGUGGUCGUGGUCGUGGACGUGGACGUGGUCGUGGACGUGGACGUGUUCGUGGACGUGGUCGUGGACGUGGACGUGGACGUGGUCGUGGACGUGGACGUGGUCGUGGACGUGGACGUGGACGUGGACGUGGUCGUGGACGUUGACGUGGUCGAGGUCGUGGUCGUGGACGUGGACGUGGACGUGGACGUAGUCGUGGUCGUUGUUGUGGUCGUGGUCGUGGACGUGGACGUCGACGUGGACGUGGACGUGGUCGUGGACGUGGUCGUGGACGUGGUCGUGGACGUGCUCGUGGACGUGGACGUGGUCGUGGACGUGGACGUGGACGUGGUCGUGGACGUGGUCGUGGACGUGGACGUGGACUUGGACGUGGACGUCGACGUGGUCGUGGACGUGGUCGUGGACGUAGUCGUGGACCUGGAUGUGGUCGUCGACGUGGACGUGGACGUGGACGUGGACGUCGACGUGGUCGUGGACGUGGACGUGGUCGUGGACGUGGACGUGGACGUGGUCGUGGACGUGGACGUGGUCGUGGACGUGGACGUGGUCGUGGACGUGGACGUGGACGUGGUCGUGGACGUGGACGUGGUCGUGGACGUGGACGUGGACGUGGUCGUGGUCGUGGACGUGGCCGUGGACGUGGUCGUGCACGUGGUCGUGGACGUGGACGUGGUCGUGGUCGUGGACGUGGACGUGGACGUGGACGUGGUCGUGGACGUGGUCGUGGUCGUGGUCGUGGACGUGGACGUGGUCGUGGACGUGGUCGUGGACGUGGACGUGGACGUGGUCGUGGACGUGGACGUGGACGUGGACGUGGACGUGGUCGUGGUCGUGGACGUGGACGUGGUCGAGGACGUGGACGUGGACGUGGUCGUGGACGUGGUCGUGGUCGUGGUCGUCGACGUGGACGUGGUCGUGGACGUGGUCGUGGUCGUGGUCGUCGACGUGGUCGUCGACGUGGACGUGGACGUGGAUGUGGACGUGGUCGUGGUCGUGGACGUGGACGUGGUCGUGGACGUGGACGUGGACGUGGACGUGGUCGUGGACGUGGACGUGGACGUGGACGUGGACGUGGACGUGGUCGUGGACGUGGUCGUGGACGUGGACGUGGACUUGGACGUGGUCGUGUACGUGGACGUGGACGUGGACUUGGACGUGGACGUGGUCCUGGACGUGGACGUGGUCGUGGACGUGGAUGUGGACGUGGACGUGGACUUGGACGUGGACGUGGACUUGGACGUGGACGUGGUCGUGGACGUGGACGUGGUCAAGGACGUGGACAUGGACGUGGACGUGGUCGUGGACGUGCACGUGGUCGUCGACGUGGUCGUCGACGUGGUCGUCGACGUGGACGUGGUCGUGGUCGUGGACGUGGACGUGGACGUGGUCGUGGUCGUGCACGUGGUCGUCAACGUGAUCGUGGUCGUGGUCGUGGACGUGGUCGUGGACGUGGACGUGGACGUGGUCGUGGUCGUCGACGUGGAAGUGGAAGUGGACGUGGUCGUGGACGUGGACGUGGACGUGGACGUGGUCGUCGACGUGGACGUGGACGUGGACUUGGACGUGGACGUGGUCGUCGACGUGGACGUGGACGUGGACUUGGACGUGGACGUGGACGUGGACGUGGACGUGGUCGUGGACGUGGUCGUGGACGUGGUCGUGGUCGUGGACGUGGCAGUGGACGUGGUCGUGGUCGUGGACGUGGUCGUCGACGUGGUCGUGGACGUGGUCGUCGACGUGGACGUGCUCGUGGACGUGGACGUGGUCGUGGACGUGGAGGUGGUCGUGGUCGUGGACGUGGACGUGGUCGUGGUCGUGGACGUGGACGUGGACGUGGUCGUGGACGUGGACGUGGUCGUGAACGUGGACGUGGACGUGGACGUGGACGUGGACGUGGUCGUGGACGUGGUCGUGGACGUGGACGUGGUCGUGGACGUGGUCGUGGACGUGGUCGUGGACGUGGACGUGGACUUGGACGUGGACGUCGACGUGGUCGUGGACGUGGUCGUGGACGUGGACGUGGACGUGGUCGUGGACCUGGACGUGGUCGUCGACGUGGACUUGGACGUGGACGUGGACGUGGUCGUGGACGUCGAUGUGGUCGUGGACGUGGACUUGGACGUGGUCGUGGACGUGGUCGUGGUCGUGGUUGUGGACGUGGACGUGGUCGUGGACGUGGUCGUGGACGUGGACGACGUGGACGUGGUCGUGGACGUGGUCGUGGUCGUGGUCGUCGACGUGGACGUGGUCGUGGACGUGGACGUGGUCGUGGACGUGGAGGUGGUCGUGGUCGUGGACGUGGACAUGGUCGUGGUCGUGGACGUGGUCGUGGACCUGGUCGUGGUCGUGGACGUGGACGUGGUCGUGGACGUGGACGUGGUCGUGGACGUGGACGUGGACGUGGUCGUGGUCGUGGACGUGGACGUGGACGUGGUCGUGGUCGUGGACGUGGAUGUGGUCGUGGUCGUGAACGUGGACGUGGACGUGGUCGUGGACGUGGACGUGGACGUGGACGUGGUCGUGGACGUGGACGUUGACGUGGUCGAGGUCGUGGUCGUGGACGUGGACGUGGACGUGGACGUGGACGUGGUCGUGAUCGUGGUCGUGGUCGUGGACGUGGUCGUCGACGUGGACGUGGACGUGGUCGUGGACGUGGUCGUGGUCGUGGACGUGGACGUGGACGUGGACGUGGUCGUGGACGUGGUCGUGGACGUGGACGUGGUCGUGGACGUGGACGUGGUCGUGGACGUGGUCGUGGACGUGGACGUGGACUUGGACGUGGACGUCGACGUGGUCGUGGACGUAGUCGUGGACGUGGACGUGGACGUGGUCGUGGUCGUGGACGUGGCCGUGGACGUGGUCGUGCACGUGGUCGUGGACGUGGUCGUGGACGUGGACGUGGUCGUGGUCGUGCACGUGGACGUGGACGUGGACGUGGACGUGGUCGUGGACGUGGACGUGGACGUGGACGUGGUCGUGGUCGUCGACGUGGACGUGGUCGUGGACGUGGACGUGGUCGUGGACGUGGACGUGGACGUGGACGUGGUCGUGGUCGUGGACGUGGACGUGGACGUGGACGUGGACGUGGUCGUGGACGUGGUCGUGGACCUGGUCGUUGACGUGAACGUGGACGUGGACGUGGUCGUGGUCGUGGACGUGGACGUGGACGUGGACGUGGACGUGGUCGUGGACGUUGACGUGGUCGAGGUCGUGGUCGUGGACGUGGACGUGGACGUGGACGUGGACGUGGUCGUGAUCGUGGUCGUGGUCGAGGACGUGGUCGUCGACGUGGACGUGGACGUGGUCGUGGACGUGGUCGUGGUCGUGGACGUGGACGUGGACGUGGACGUGGUCGUGGACGUGGUCGUGGACGUGGACGUGGUCGUGGACGUGGUCGUGGACAUGGUCGUGGACGUGGACGUGGACUUGGACGUGGACGUCGACGUGGUCGUGGACGUGGUCGUCGACGUGGACGUGGUCGUGGACCUGGACGUGGUCGUCGACGUGGACUUGGACGUGGACGUGGACGUGGUCGUGGACGUCGAUGUGGUCGUGGACGUGGACGUGGACGUGGUCGUGGAUGUGGUCUUGGACUUGGACUUCGACGUGGACGUGUCGUGGUCGUGGACGUGGACGUGGUCGAGGACGUGGACGUGGACGUGGUCGUGGACGUGGUCGUGGUCGUGGUCGUCGACGUGGACGUGGUCGUGGACGUGGACGUGGUCGGGGACGUGGAGUCGUGGACGUGGACGUGGACAUGGUCGUGGUCGUGGUCGUGGACGUGGACGUGGUCGUGGACGUGGACGUGGUCGUGGACGUGGACGUGGUCGUGGUCGUGGACGUGGACGUGGUCGUGGUCGUGGAGGUGGAGGUGGUCGUGGUCGUGGACGUGGACGUGGUCGUGGUCGUGGACGUGGACGUGGACGUGGUCGUGGACGUGGACGUGGUCGUGACGUGGACGUGGACGUGGACGUGGACGUGGUCGUGGACGUGGUCGUGGACGUGGACGUGGUCGUGGACGUGGUCGUGGACGUGGUCGUGGACGUGGACGUGGACUUGGACGUGGACGUCGACGUGGUCGUGGACGUGGUCGUGGACGUGGACGUGGACGUGGUCGUGGACCUGGACGUGGUCGUCGACGUGGACUUGGACGUGGACGUGGACGUGGUCGUGGACGUCGAUGUGGUCGUGGACGUGGACUUGGACGUGGUCGUGGACGUGGUCGUGGUCGUGGUUGUGGACGUGGACGUGGUCGUGGACGUGGUCGUGGACGUGGACGACGUGGACGUGGUCGUGGACGUGGUCGUGGUCGUGGUCGUCGACGUGGACGUGGUCGUGGACGUGGACGUGGUCGUGGACGUGGAGGUGGUCGUGGUCGUGGACGUGGACGUGGUCGUGGUCGUGGACGUGGUCGUGGACCUGGUCGUGGUCGUGGACGUGGACGUGGUCGUGGACGUGGACGUGGUCGUGGACGUGGACGUGGACGUGGUCGUGGUCGUGGACGUGGACGUGGACGUGGUCGUGGUCGUGGACGUGGAUGUGGUCGUGGUCGUGAACGUGGACGUGGACGUGGUCGUGGACGUGGACGUGGACGUGGACGUGGUCGUGGACGUGGACGUUGACGUGGUCGAGGUCGUGGUCGUGGACGUGGACGUGGACGUGGACGUGGACGUGGACGUGGACGUGGUCGUGAUCGUGGUCGUGGUCGUGGACGUGGUCGUCGACGUGGACGUGGACGUGGUCGUGGACGUGGUCGUGGUCGUGGACGUGGACGUGGACGUGGACGUGGUCGUGGACGUGGUCGUGGACGUGGACGUGGUCGUGGACGUGGACGUGGUCGUGGACGUGGUCGUGGACGUGGACGUGGACUUGGACGUGGACGUCGACGUGGUCGUGGACGUAGUCGUGGACGUGGACGUGGACGUGGUCGUGGUCGUGGACGUGGCCGUGGACGUGGUCGUGCACGUGGUCGUGGACGUGGUCGUGGACGUGGACGUGGUCGUGGUCGUGCACGUGGACGUGGACGUGGACGUGGACGUGGUCGUGGACGUGGACGUGGACGUGGACGUGGUCGUGGUCGUCGACGUGGACGUGGUCGUGGACGUGGACGUGGUCGUGGACGUGGACGUGGACGUGGACGUGGUCGUGGUCGUGGACGUGGACGUGGACGUGGACGUGGACGUGGUCGUGGACGUGGUCGUGGACCUGGUCGUUGACGUGAACGUGGACGUGGACGUGGUCGUGGUCGUGGACGUGGACGUGGACGUGGACGUGGACGUGGUCGUGGACGUUGACGUGGUCGAGGUCGUGGUCGUGGACGUGGACGUGGACGUGGACGUGGUCGUGAUCGUGGUCGUGGUCGAGGACGUGGUCGUCGACGUGGACGUGGACGUGGACGUGGUCGUGGACGUGGUCGUGGUCGUGGACGUGGACGUGGACGUGGACGUGGUCGUGGACGUGGUCGUGGACGUGGACGUGGUCGUGGACGUGGUCGUGGACAUGGUCGUGGACGUGGACGUGGACUUGGACGUGGACGUCGACGUGGUCGUGGACGUGGUCGUCGACGUGGACGUGGUCGUGGACCUGGACGUGGUCGUCGACGUGGACUUGGACGUGGACGUGGACGUGGUCGUGGACGUCGAUGUGGUCGUGGACGUGGACGUGGACGUGGUCGUGGAUGACGUGGACGUGGACGUGGUCGUGGACGUGGUCGUGGUCGUGGUCGUCGACGUGGACGUGGUCGUGGACGUGGACGUGGUCGGGGACGUGGAGGUGGUCGUGGUCGUGGACGUGGACGUGGUCGUGGUCGUGGUCGUGGACGUGGUCGUGGACCUGGUCGUGGUCGUGGACGUGGACGUGGUCGUGGACGUGGACGUAGUCGUGGACGUGGACGUGGACAUGGUCGUGGUCGUGGUCGUGGACGUGGACGUGGUCGUGGACGUGGACGUGGUCGUGGACGUGGACGUGGUCGUGGUCGUGGACGUGGACGUGGUCGUGGUCGUGGUCGUGGACGUGGUCGUGGACCUGGUCGUGGUCGUGGACGUGGACGUGGUCGUGGACGUGGACGUGGUCUUGGACGUGGACGUGGACGUGGUCGUGGUCGUGGACGUGGACGUGGACGUGGUCGUGGACGUGGAUGUGGCCGUGGUCGUGAACGUGGACGUGGACGUGGUCGUGGUCGUGGACGUGGACGUGGACGUGGUCGUGGACGUGGACGUUGACGUGGUCGAGGUCGUGGUCGUGGACGUGGACGUGGACGUGGACGUGGACGUGGUCGUGAUCGUGGUCGUGGUCGUGGACGUGGUCGUCGACGUGGACGUGGACGUGGUCGUGGACGUGGUCGUGGUCGUGGACGUGGACGUGGACGUGGACGUGGUCGUGGACGUGGUCGUGGACGUGAACGUGGACGUGGACGUGGACGUGGACGUCGACGUCGACGUCGACGUGGACGUGGACGUGGUCGUGGACGUGGUCGUUGACGUGGUCGUGGUCGUGGACGUGGACGUGGACGUGGUCAUGGACGUGGUCGUUGACGUGGUCGUUGACGUGGUCGUGGACGUGGUCGUGGACGUGGACGUGGACGUGGUCGUGGACGUGCACGUGGUCGUCGACGUGGUCGUGGACGUGGUCGUCGACGUGGACGUGGUCGUGGACGUGGACGUGGUCGUGGACGUGGACGUGGUCGUGGUCGUGGACGUGGACGUGGUCGUGGACGUGGACGUGUUUGUGGACGUGGUCGUGGACGUGGACGUGGACGUGGUCGUGGACGUGGUCGUGGACGUGGACGUGGACGUGGUCGUGGUCGUGGACGUGGUCGUGGACGUGGACGUGGUCGUGGUCGUGGACGUGGACGGGGACGUGGUCGUGGUCGUGGACGUGGACGUGGACGUGGUCGUGGACGUGGACGUGGACGUGGUCGUGGUCGUGGACGUGGUCGUGGACGUGGUCGUGGACGUGGUCGUAGACGUGGUCGUCGACGUGGACGUGGUCGUUGACGUGAACGUGGACGUGGACGUGGACGUGGUCGUGGUCGUGGUCGUGGACGUGGACGUGGACGUUGACGUGGUCGUGGUCGUGGUUGUGGUCGUGGACGUGGACGUCGACGUGGACGUGGACGUGGUCGUGGACGUGGUCGUGGACGUGGACGUGGUCGUGGACGUGGAGGUGGUCGUGGUCGUGGACGUGGACGUGGUCGUGGACGUGGACGUGUUCGUGGACGUGGUCGUGGACGUGGACGUGGACGUGGUCGUGGACGUGGACGUGGUCGUGGUCGUGGACGUGGUCGUGGACGUGGUCGUGGACGUGGUCGUAGACGUGGUCGUAGACGUGGACGUGGUCGUUGACGUGAACGUGGACGUGGACGUGGACGUGGUCGUGGUCGUGGUCGUGGACGUGGACGUGGACGUUGACGUGGUCGUGGUCGUGGUUGUGGUCGUGGACGUGGACGUCGACGUGGACGUGGACGUGGUCGUGGACGUGGUCGUGGACGUGGACGUGGUCGUGGACGUGGAGGUGGUCGUGGUCGUGGACGUGGACGUGGUCGUGGACGUGGACGUGUUCGUGGACGUGGUCGUGGACGUGGACGUGGACGUGGUCGUGGACGUGGACGUGGUCGUGGACGUGGACGUGGACGUGGUCGUGGACGUUGACGUGGUCGAGGUCGUGGUCGUGGACGUGGACGUGGACGUGGUCGUUGUCGUUGUUGUGGUCGUGGUCGUGGACGUGGACGUCGACGUGGACGUGGACGUGGUCGUGGACGUGGUCGUGGACGUGGACGUGGUCGUGGACGUGCUCGUGGACGUGGACGUGGUCGUGGACGUGGACGUGGUCGUGGACGUGGUCGUGGACGUGGACUUGGACGUGGACGUCGACGUGGUCGUGGACGUGGUCGUGGACGUGGACGUAGUCGUGGACCUGGACGUGGUCGUCGACGUGGACGUUGACGUGGACGUGGUCGUGGACGUCGAUGUGGUCGUGGACGUGGACGUGGACGUGGACGUGGACGUGGUCGUGGACGUGGUCGUCGACGUGGACGUGGACGUGGACGUGGUCGUGGACGUGGACGUGGACGUCGACGUGGUCGUGGACGUGGACGUGGACGUGGUCGUGGACGUGGACGUGGUCGUGGACGUGGACGUGGACGUGGACGUGGUCGUGGACGUGGUCGUGGACGUUGACGUGGUCGAGGUCGUGGUCGUGGACGUGGACGUGGACGUGGACGUGGACGUGGACGUGGUCGUGAUCGUGGUCGUGGUCGAGGACGUGGUCGUCGACGUGGACGUGGACGUGGUCGUGGACGUGGUCGUGGUCGUGGACGUGGACGUGGACGUGGACGUGGUCGUGGACGUGGUCGUGGACGUGGACGUGGUCGUGGACGUGGUCGUGGACGUGGUUGUGGACGUGGACGUGGACUUGGACGUGGACGUCGACGUGGUCGUGGACGUGGUCGUCGACGUGGACGUGGUCGUGGACCUGGACGUGGUCGUCGACGUGGACUUGGACGUGGACGUGGACGUGGUCGUGGACGUCGAUGUGGUCGUAGACGUGGACGUGGACGUGGUCGUGGAUGACGUGGACGUGGACGUGGUCGUGGACGUGGUCGUGGUCGUGGUCGUGGUCGUCGACGUGGACGUGGUCGUGGACGUGGACGUGGUCAGGGACGUGGAGGUGGUCGUGGUCGUGGACGUGGACGUGGUCGUGGUCGUGGUCGUGGACGUGGUCGUGGACGUGGUCGUGGUCGUGGACGUGGACGUGGUCGUGGACGUGGACGUGGUCGUGGACGUGGACGUGGACGUGGUCGUGGUCGUGGUCGUGGACGUGGACGUGGUCGUGGUCGUGGACGUGGAUGUGGUCGUGGUCGUGAACGUGGACGUGGACGUGGUCGUGAACGUGGACGUGGACGUGGUCGUGGACGUGGAUGUGGACGUGGUCGUGGACGUGGUCGUGGUCGUGGUCGUCGACGUGGACGUGGUCGUGGACGUGGACGUGGUCGUGGACGUGGAGGUGGUCGUGGUCGUGGACGUGGACGUGGUCGUGGUCGUGGACGUGGUCGUGGACCUGGUCGUGGUCGUGGACGUGGACGUGGUCGUGGACGUGGACGUGGUCGUGGACGUGGACGUGGACGUGGUCGUGGUCGUGGACGUGGACGUGGACGUGGUCGUGGUCGUGGACGUGGAGGUGGUCGUGGUCGUGAACGUGGACGUGGACGUGGUCGUGGUCGUGGACGUGGACGUGGACGUGGACGUGGUCGUGGACGUGGACGUUGACGUGGACGAGGUCGUGGUCGUGGACGUGGACGUGGACGUGGACGUGGACGUGGACGUGGUCGUGAUCGUGGUCGUGGUCGUGGACGUGGUCGUCGACGUGGACGUGGACGUGGUCGUGGACGUGGUCGUGGUCGUGGACGUGGACGUGGACGUGGACGUGGUCGUGGACGUGGUCGUGGACGUGGACGUGGUCGUGGACGUGGUCGUGGACGUGGACGUGGACGUGGACGUGGACGUGGACGUGGUCGUGGUCGUGGACGUGGACGUGGUCGUGGACGUGGUCGUUGACGUGGUCAUGGACGUGGUCGUUGACGUGGUCGUGGACGUGGUCGUUGACGUGGUCGUGGACGUGGUCGUGGAUGUGGUCGUGGACGUGGACGUGGACGUGGACGUGGUCGUGGACGUGCACGUGGUCGUCGACGUGGUCGUGGACGUGGUCGUCGACGUGGACGUGGUCGUGGACGUGGACGUGGUCGUGGACGUGGAGGUGGUCGUGGUCGUGGACGUGGACGUGGUCGUGGACGUGGACGUGUUUGUGGACGUGGUCGUGGACGUGGACGUGGACGUGGUCGUGGACGUGGUCGUGGACGUGGACGUGGUCGUGGACGUGGUCGUUGACGUGGUCGUGGACGUGGUCGUUGACGUGGUCGUGGACGUGGUCGUUGACGUGGUCGUGGACGUGGUCGUGGAUGUGGUCGUGGACGUGGACGUGGACGUGGACGUGGUCGUGGACGUGCACGUGGUCGUCGACGUGGUCGUGGACGUGGUCGUCGACGUGGACGUGGUCGUGGACGUGGACGUGGUCGUGGACGUGGAGGUGGUCGUGGUCGUGGACGUGGAGGUGGUCGUGGACGUGGACGUGGUCGUGGACGUGGUCGUGGACGUGGACGUGGACGUGGUCGUGGACGUGGUCGUGGACGUGGACGUGGACGUGGUCGUGGUCGUGGACGUGGUCGUGGUCGUGGACGUGGACGUGGUCGUGGUCGUGGACGUGGACGGGGACGUGGUCGUGGUCGUGGACGUGGACGUGGACGUGGUCGUGGACGUGGACGUGGACGUGGUCGUGGUCGUGGACGUGGACGUGGACGUGGUCGUGGUCGUGGACGUGGUCGUGGACGUGGUCGUGGACGUGGUCGUAGACGUGGUCGUAGACGUGGACGUGGUCGUUGACGUGAACGUGGACGUGGACGUGGACGUGGUCGUGGUCGUGGUCGUGGACGUGGACGUGGACGUUGACGUGGUCGUGGUCGUGGUUGUGGUCGUGGACGUGGACGUCGACGUGGACGUGGACGUGGUCGUGGACGUGGUCGUGGUCGUGGACGUGGACGUGGUUGUGGACGUGGAGGUGGUCGUGGUCGUGGACGUGGACGUGGUCGUGGACGUGGACGUGUUCGUGGACGUGGUCGUGGACGUGGACGUGGACGUGGUCGUGGACGUGGACGUGGUCGUGGACGUGGACGUGGACGUGGACGUGGUCGUGGACGUUGACGUGGUUGGACGUGGUCGUGGUCGUGGUCGUGGACGUGGACGUCGACGUGGACGUGGACGUGGUCGUGGACGUGGUCGUGGACGUGGACGUGGUCGUGGACGUGCUCGUGGACGUGGACGUGGUCGUGGACGUGGACGUGGACGUGGUCGUGGACGUGGUCGUGGACUCGUGGACCUGGACGUGGUCGUCGACGUGGACGUGGACGUGGACGUGGUCGUGGACGUCGAUGUGGUCGUGGACGUGGACGUGGACGUGGACGUGGACGUGGACGUGGUCGUGGACGUGGUCGUCGACGUGGACGUGGACGUGGACGUGGUCGUGGAAGUGGACGUGGACGUCGACGUGGUCGUGGACGUGGACGUGGUCGUGGACGUGGACGUGGACGUGGUCGUGGACGUGGACGUGGUCGUGGACGUGGACGUGGUCGUGGACGUGGACGUGGACGUGGACGUGGUCGUGGACGUGGACGUGGUCGUGGACGUGGACGUGGACGUGGUCGUGGUCGUGGACGUGGCCGUGGACGUGGUCGUGCACGUGGUCGUGGACGUGGACGUGGUCGUGGUCGUGGACGUGGACGUGGACGUGGACGUGGUCGUGGACGUGGUCGUGGUCGUGGACGUGGUCGUGGACGUGGUCGUGGACGUGGUCGUGGACGUGGACGUGGACGUGGUCGUGGACGUGGACGUGGACGUGGUCGUGGUCGUGGACGUGGACGUGGUCGAGGACGUGGACGUGGACGUGGUCGUGGACGUGGUCGUGGUCGUGGUCGUCGACGUGGACGUGGUCGUGGUCGUGGUCGUGGUCGUGGUCGUCGACGUGGUCGUCGACGUGGACGUGGACGUGGAUGUGGACAAGGUCGUGGUCGUGGACGUGGACGUGGUCGUGGACGUGGUCGUGGACGUGGACGUGGUCGUGGACGUGGACGUGGACGUGGACGUGGUCGUGGACGUGGUCGUGGACGUUGACGUGGUCGAGGUCGUGGUCGUGGACGUGGACGUGGACGUGGACGUGGACGUGGUCGUGAUCGUGGUCGUGGUCGAGGACGUGGUCGUCGACGUGGUCGUGGACGUGGUCGUGGACGUGGUCGUGGUCGUGGACGUGCACGUGGACGUGGACGUGGUCGUGGACGUGGUCGUGGACGUGGACGUGGUCGUGGACGUGGUCGUGGACGUGGUUGUGGACGUGGACGUGGACUUGGACGUGGACGUCGACGUGGUCGUGGACGUGGUCGUCGACGUGGACGUGGUCGUGGACCUGGACGUGGUCGUCGACGUGGACUUGGACGUGGACGUGGACGUGGUCGUGGACGUCGAUGUGGUCGUAGACGUGGACGUGGACGUGGUCGUGGAUGACGUGGACGUGGACGUGGUCGUGGACGUGGUCGUGGUCGUGGUCGUCGACGUGGACGUGGUCGUGGACGUGGACGUGGUCAGGGACGUGGAGGUGGUCGUGGUCGUGGACGUGGACGUGGUCGUGGUCGUGGUCGUGGACGUGGUCGUGGACCUGGUCGUGGUCGUGGACGUGGACGUGGUCGUGGACGUGGACGUGGUCGUGGACGUGGACGUGGACGUGGUCGUGGUCGUGGUCGUGGACGUGGACGUGGUCGUGGUCGUGGACGUGGAUGUGGUCGUGGUCGUGAACGUGGACGUGGACGUGGUCGUGAACGUGGACGUGGACGUGGUCGUGGUCGUGGACGUGGAUGUGGACGUGGUCGUGGACGUGGUCGUGGUCGUGGUCGUCGACGUGGACGUGGUCGUGGACGUGGACGUGGUCGUGGACGUGGAGGUGGUCGUGGUCGUGGACGUGGACGUGGUCGUGGUCGUGGACGUGGUCGUGGACCUGGUCGUGGUCGUGGACGUGGACGUGGUCGUGGACGUGGACGUGGUCGUGGACGUGGACGUGGACGUGGUCGUGGUCGUGGACGUGGACGUGGACGUGGUCGUGGUCGUGGACGUGGAGGUGGUCGUGGUCGUGAACGUGGACGUGGACGUGGUCGUGGUCGUGGACGUGGACGUGGACGUGGACGUGGUCGUGGACGUGGACGUUGACGUGGACGAGGUCGUGGUCGUGGACGUGGACGUGGACGUGGACGUGGACGUGGACGUGGUCGUGAUCGUGGUCGUGGUCGUGGUCGUGGACGUGGUCGUCGACGUGGACGUGGACGUGGUCGUGGACGUGGUUGUGGUCGUGGACGUGGACGUGGACGUGGACGUGGUCGUGGACGUGGUCGUGGACGUGGACGUGGUCGUGGACGUGGUCGUGGACGUGGACGUGGACGUGGACGUGGACGUGGACGUGGUCGUGGUCGUGGACGUGGACGUGGUCGUGGACGUGGUCGUUGACGUGGUCAUGGACGUGGUCGUUGACGUGGUCGUGGACGUGGUCGUUGACGUGGUCGUGGACGUGGUCGUGGAUGUGGUCGUGGACGUGGACGUGGACGUGGACGUGGUCGUGGACGUGCACGUGGUCGUCGACGUGGUCGUGGACGUGGUCGUCGACGUGGACGUGGUCGUGGACGUGGACGUGGUCGUGGACGUGGAGGUGGUCGUGGUCGUGGACGUGGACGUGGUCGUGGACGUGGACGUGUUUGUGGACGUGGUCGUGGACGUGGACGUGGACGUGGUCGAGGACGUGGUCGUGGACGUGGACGUGGUCGUGGACGUGGUCGUUGACGUGGUCAUGGACGUGGUCGUUGACGUGGUCGUGGACGUGGUCGUUGACGCGGUCGUGGACGUGGUCGUGGAUGUGGUCGUGGACGUGGACGUGGACGUGGACGUGGUCGUGGACGUGCACGUGGUCGUCGACGUGGUCGUGGACGUGGUCGUCGACGUGGACGUGGUCGUGGACGUGGACGUGGUCGUGGACGUGGAGGUGGUCGUGGUCGUGGACGUGGAGGUGGUCGUGGACGUGGACGUGGUCGUGGACGUGGUCGUGGACGUGGACGUGGACGUGGUCGUGGACGUGGUCGUGGACGUGGACGUGGACGUGGUCGUGGUCGUGGACGUGGUCGUGGUCGUGGACGUGGACGUGGUCGUGGUCGUGGACGUGGACGGGGACGUGGUCGUGGUCGUGGACGUGGACGUGGACGUGGUCGUGGACGUGGACGUGGACGUGGUCGUGGUCGUGGACGUGGACGUGGACGUGGUCGUGGUCGUGGACGUGGUCGUGGACGUGGUCGUGGACGUGGUCGUAGACGUGGUCGUAGACGUGGACGUGGUCGUUGACGUGAACGUGGACGUGGACGUGGACGUGGUCGUGGUCGUGGUCGUGGACGUGGACGUGGACGUUGACGUGGUCGUGGUCGUGGUUGUGGUCGUGGACGUGGACGUCGACGUGGACGUGGACGUGGUCGUGGACGUGGUCGUGGUCGUGGACGUGGACGUGGUUGUGGACGUGGAGGUGGUCGUGGUCGUGGACGUGGACGUGGUCGUGGACGUGGACGUGUUCGUGGACGUGGUCGUGGACGUGGACGUGGACGUGGUCGUGGACGUGGACGUGGUCGUGGACGUGGACGUGGACGUGGACGUGGUCGUGGACGUUGACGUGGUUGGACGUGGUCGUGGUCGUGGUCGUGGACGUGGACGUCGACGUGGACGUGGACGUGGUCGUGGACGUGGUCGUGGACGUGGACGUGGUCGUGGACGUGCUCGUGGACGUGGACGUGGUCGUGGACGUGGACGUGGACGUGGUCGUGGACGUGGUCGUGGACUCGUGGACCUGGACGUGGUCGUCGACGUGGACGUGGACGUGGACGUGGUCGUGGACGUCGAUGUGGUCGUGGACGUGGACGUGGACGUGGACGUGGACGUGGACGUGGACGUGGUCGUGGUCGUGGUCGUGGACGUGGACGUGGUCGAGGACGUGGACGUGGACGUGGUCGUGGACGUGGUCGUGGUCGUGGUCGUCGACGUGGACGUGGUCGUGGUCGUGGUCGUGGUCGUCGACGUGGUCGUCGACGUGGACGUGGACGUGGAUGUGGACAAGGUCGUGGUCGUGGACGUGGACGUGGUCGUGGACGUGGACGUGGACGUGGUCGUGGACGUGGACGUGGACGUGGACGUGGUCGUGGACGUGGACGUGGACGUGGACGUGGACGUGGACGUGGUCGUGGACGUGGUCGUGGACGUGGACGUGGACUUGGACGUGGUCGUGGACGUGGACGUGGACGUGGACUUGGACGUGGACGUGGUCCUGGACGUUGACGUGGUCGUGGACGUGGACGUGGACGUGGACUUGGACGUGGACGUGGACUUGGACGUGGACGUGGACGUGGUCGUGGACGUGGACGUGGUCGUGGACGUGGACAUGGACGUGGACGUGGUCGUGGACGUGCACGUGGUCGUCGACGUGGUCGUCGACGUGGUCGUCGACGUGGACGUGGUCGUGGUCGUGGACGUGGACGUGGACGUGGUCGUGGUCGUGCACGUGGUCGUCAACGUGAUCGUGGUUGUGGUCGUGGACGUGGUCGUGGACGUGGACGUGGACGUGGACGUGGUCGUGGUCGUCGACGUGGAAGUGGAAGUGGACGUGGUCGUGGACGUGGACGUGGACGUGGACGUGGACGUGGUCGUGGACGUGGACGUGGACGUGGACGUGGACGUGGACGUGGUCGUCGACGUGGACGUGGACGUGGACUUGGACGUGGACGUGGACGUGGACGUGGACGUGGUCGUCGACGUGGUCGUGGACGUGGUCGUGGUCGUGGACGUGGAAGUGGACGUGGUCGUGGUCGUGGACGUGGUCGUCGACGUGGUCGUGGACGUGGUCGUCGACGUGGACGUGGUCGUCGACGUGGACGUGGUCGUGGACGUGGAGGUGGUCGUGGUCGUGGACGUGGACGUGGUCGUGGUCGUGAACGUGGACGUGGACGUGGUCGUGGACGUGGACGUGGUCGUGGUCGUGGACGUGGACGUGGACGUGGUCGUGGACGUGGUCGUGGACGUGGACGUGGUCGUGGACGUGGUCGUGGACGUGGACGUGGACGUGGACUUGGACGUGGACGUGGACGUGGACGUGGUCGUGGACGUGGUCGUGGACGUGGACGUGGACGUGGUCGUGGACCUGGACGUAGUCGUCGACGUGGACGUGGACGUGGACGUGGACGUGGUCGUGGACGUCGAUGUGGUCGUGGAUGUGGACUUGGACGUGGUCGUGGACGUGGUCGUGGUCGUGGUUGUGGACGUGGACGUGGUCGUGGACGUGGUCGUGGACGACGUGGACGUGGACGUGGUCGUGGACGUGGUCGUGGUCGUGGUCGUGGUCGUCGACGUGGACGUGGUCGUGGACGUGGACGUGGUCGUGGACGUGGAGGUGGUCGUGGUCGUGGACGUGGACGUGGUCGUGGUCGUGGUCGUGGACGUGGUCGUGGACCUGGUCGUGGUCGUGGAUGUGGACGUGGUCGUGGACGUGGACGUGGUCGUGGACGUGGACGUGGACGUGGUCGUGGUCGUGGACGUGGACGUGGUCGUGGUCGUGGACGUGGAGUGGUCGUGGUCGUGGACGUGGACGUGGACUUGGUCGUGGUCGUGGACGUGGACGUGGACGUGGACGUGGACGUGGACGUUGACGUGGUCGAGGUCGUGGUCGUGGACGUGGACGUGGACGUGGACGUGGUCGUGA